CUAUUAUCAUCAUUGCAAAGAUGUUAGAGCCUCUUUCAGUUGGAAGGGUGAUUGGUGAUGUUCUUGAUUCUUUCACUCCAACAGUCAAAAUGUCUGUAACUUUUAACUGCAAUAAACAAGUGUGUAAUGGUCAUGAACUUUUUCCUUUUACUGUCACUACUAAACCUAAAGUUGAAGUUCAUGGUAGUGAUAUGAGAUCAUUUUUUACACUGAUUAUGACAGACCCAGAUGUUCCUGGCCCUAGUGAUCCAUAUCUUAGAGAACAUCUCCACUGGAUAGUGACAGACAUUCCAGGCACAACUGAUGCUACAUUCGGAAAAGUAGUAGUGAGUUAUGAGAUGCCAAAACCAAAUAUAGGAAUACACAGGUUUGUUUUUGCAUUGUUCAAACAGAAAAAAGGCAAUCAGUGAGUUCACCAUCAUCC